GGGAAGAAGCCUUUGCAGAGACGCCACUCCAGGCAGAGCCAGGGAACUUCAGCAUGUGGGCCCAGCCAGCUGCCCUUUUGGCCCUGCUUUGCCUGCUCCAGGUGGGGGCCGAGAUGCCCGUGCAGGCUGACUUCCAGCAAGAGCAGUUCACAGGCACCUGGUACAGCAUCGGCCUGGCCUCCAACUCCCGGUGGUUCAAGGAGAAAAGGCAGGUGAUCAAGAUGUGCACCACGGUUGUCACCCCCACGGAAGACGGGAACCUGGACAUCGCCUCCACCUACCCCAAGCUUGACCAGUGCGAGACCAAGAGGACCCGUUUCUUCCGGACGGAGGAGCCCGGCCGCUUCACCUACACCAGCCCUUGGUCCGGAAGCGCCCACAACAUCCGGGUGCUGGAGACCAACUAUGACGAGUUCGCGCUGCUGGGGGACACCAUCACCAAGGGGGCCGACACCUUCACCAUGGUCACCCUGUACGGGAGGCAGAGGCAGCUGCGCCCGGAGCUGCUGGCGAAGUUCACCCAGACGGCCUUGGGGCAGGGCCUUGCCCAGGAAGACGCCCUCAUCCUGCCCCGGACUGCAGAUCUGUGCCUGGGAGAAACUGCCUAGCUUCUGGCUUCCGCCUCCAAGGAGGGGGGCGAAGGCCCUUUUCUCCCCGCAGUGCUGGAAUUCUCCGUGUGGCCUCCUUUCCCCUCAGCCCAGCACCUCUCCUGCCUCUCGCCUCAAAUAGCAGCCUUUGUCCUGGCCUGGAAAUAUUAAUAAGAGCAAUAAUAAAAUA